AUGUCUCUACUGUUGAUUGUCCCACCCGAUGAGUUAAACACAUUUGUUCUCUUGCGUCGCUUCAUGUCGCAAUCUGUGUCACGCUGGGGGUGGGGCCUCGGUGGUGGUCCUGAUGUGCCCCACGCCGCUAAUAACCAAGUAGGAUCGACACCGCCAGAGGGCCUCAGUAGUCACGGUGGUGUGGGGAAUAAUCAUAACAACAAACAGCUCUCUGUCAGCAGCCAGGAAGUUAUUCAACAACAACAAAUUGGAGGAGAAUUGAUCAAGGCGUCGCGGCAACAACCCACUCGUUUGGCUUUUGUUUUGGAACUGACAGCCACUCGAGAUUGGCGCUGGGAAGGUGUUUUGUGGAGGGGCCGCCUGUACCUGGAGGUUCCAUCACGUCUCGUCCAAACCGGCUCCAAGGAAGGAUUUGUGGCGCUUCUCGAGUAUGCCGAGGAAGAAUUGCAAUGCAGUCACGUGAUUUUGGCUCUGUCGAAAGAUAGGGCCGAUCGAGCGGAUGUCAUUCGCACUUUCAUGUUCCUCGGAUUCUCGAUUUUGCCGCCCGGUCAUCAACUUGUACCAGCCAACUCCAACAAUCUCUUUCUGGCUUGCAGUCUCGAGUGAAAAGACUAAAAAAAGAAGAAAAGGAAAAAAGGGGGGCCUUUAAAAAGCCACCAUUCGUCUAGAAGAAGAGUUCGCAUCAUUUACCACCACCAUCUACACCGUAGCUCUUACUCCCCUUUCUUUUCUCGUGUUUUUUCUUGCACGAGCCUGUAUUUGCUGUUUAUUCAAUGACUUUGAUUAGCCCCUGCCCACCUAAACUUUUUAAUUAAAACAUCGCCCUAAUUUCAUUUCUUAAGUGAGUUGUCGGUCCUUAACUUGUUGAAAAAGUUACAAAAAAAGAUUUAAAAUUGCGUCAAAAAAUUACAAAAAAAAAAAUUAGAUUAGUCAAAAUGGUUGUCUUUUUUCUUGUCUUAUUCUCUUUCGCCUUUUUGUCUUGUCCUCGAUACUUCAUUUUUAUUACACCCAUCAAUAUAAUGGGGAUCCAUUCCAUCUUGAUGGAUCAACAUGAAGAAAAAACCCUCCCUACAUUUUUUUUUCCCGUGAACUGUAUGACGACGCGUUCCAAUAUUAUUGUAGCAGUGUAGAUGGAGACGCCUAUUAUUAUUUUUCUUUACUUUUAUUGUGGGAACCCUAUCCUUUUUCAACUGCCAUACCACGACGGUACAAAAAAGAAGAAUCGUCGUUUCGUUGAGUGUUUCUUUGACGCACUGUGACACCACGUUUAUAGUUGAAUUCGUUGUUUUUAAACUCAUGAAACUAUCGAUUUUGGAAUGCUUGACGAAGAUCGAAACAGUUGGAUCUUUUUUUUUUUUAUCGGUAGUGAGCUUGUGUGAUGGACUUGAAAAAGAAAUUUUCCAUUUUCGGAUUCACCUGCAAAACGCCUGCGAUAGAUGAAAAGUAACAAAAAACAAAUAAAAGGAAGAAAAAUGUUUAUCCAUUUUUUAUGUGUCUCAGCACUUCUCCAAUCAACCCUUUUUCAUAUACUUUUUUCACAAAAUUUCGCUACAGCCCCUCUUUAUUCUGGUAUUGUUGUACGCUUAAAAUACCGAUUUAAUAAUACACUUAUUUCAGUUGUUA